UUUUAUAGCUGAUGUGAUCGGAUACUGAUGUUUUGCCCACAUCUUUUUCCCGCCUACAGCUGGAGCCUUGAUCGUUGGAAUUAUCUGCAGUAAUUGGAUCUAAUUAGACGUGGUUUAUACCAAUAACUGAAGAUUGGGAGAAAAAGCGAAAGGACAUGUUCUGGAUUCUAGUAGAUUCACAACAGCAAUUUCGCAGACGAAUAUCGCGUACUGGAUAGUCGUUGGUUGGUGGAAUGGCGCGCAUGUUCAUCAAGCUAGGGAGACAACAUCGUCGAGAAUGAGGAGGCACCAAAUACGUGACCGUCUAUCGAAUGGUUAGUAGAUGACAUAGUUGCUAGACCAACACGCAACCUAUGAUCGUUGGUUCGGACUGGUAUUGUCUCCAGGGAUUCGAGGUGGACAAAAUUAGUGGCCGGGUUGAUUUCUGAUCUAAGAAACCUUCGGAGGCAAUGGCCAACGCGGUAAUGUUUGCGGGCCCGAAGCUACAUACAGUAGCGUAUUCUGCUCAGUCUUCGCUACCCAUCUGUCCUGACAGUGAUGUCAUUUUCAGAAUCUCUCACGCAGGAUAUGCUCUGCAGACCUCCACAGAGAAUUUGGGCAAGAAGAAGCAUGGACUCAUUACUACACGAUUGUGCUGCUCCAGGUUCAAACGCCAAUCUCUCGCAAGUCGAGCAAUAUUUUGGAAUUCUGCCAGUGGCAGUGCCAAUAAUGGGAUCGACGUAGACAAAUAUCGAAGUAAGCUCGAGGCUUUACUUUACUGUGGGAAGUCAAUCCCAGAAGAGAAGAUUGAAAAACCAACUGGUCUGCCUUCGAAAGCCUUGCCUGUAGGGAACAAACCCAAGUGUACCAAUUGUGAAGCAAAAGGAGCUGUCGAAUGUUUGACUUGUGCGGGAAGUGGAUUAUAUGUCGACGCAGUGCUGGAAAGCCAGGGAGUCAUUGUCCGCGUUAGAUGCCUAGGUUGCGGAGGGACCGGAAGCACUAUGUGUUCAACAUGUUGGGGAAGAGGUCAUGUUUAAAGAUGCAGAAGUUUAAUCACUCCCACUUGAGCUGUGUGAGGAUGAGUGCAAGGUGCGGUAAUUUGAGUGCUUGUUUUGUAAAUAAAGUUAUCUCUCAGUCGAGCCCGCCUUCUACUUUGUUCAUUGUACAGAGUUUCGCUAUCGCCUCGUGAGCCCAUCACACAUGAUCAUGAGUGGACGGCCGGAGCUUACGACCAAGGAUAUUUGACGUUGUCCGUGUGCUUGAUGAAGGGUGUUUGCCUUUUUUUCAGUGAUGUACGAACAACCAGGUGGUUGGACAGUCGUUGAAGUAGUUAUGCUGUGACAAUUUUCUAGAUAUCCUGGAUGUUCGAUGAAGCUAAAAGAGUGCACAGAAAACAUCUUGAUGAAUGCUCACCUGCCCGUGGUAAAAGCAACUGGUUGACAUGUCUAAGCUGAAUCCGUUUUGAUAUUCAAAUGCUCAAACAUUAAUGUCAGGCUAGCCCCUUUGUGCGUCCAGAGUUGUUCUAGAAGAGUUAGAAGUUGAAGAAGGGCACUACCCUGGUCAUGUUUCCUGGAGAUGGACACAAUGUCUUAUCUAGCUCAUUUUGGGAUUUUACCCCUCGCAAUAAUACCGCAAACUUGUCAAACG